AUGCGCUGCUCUGUCAUCGGCGCUUCGGUCAUUGCCGCCCUGGCUUUUAUACCAGGCACCAGCACCGGCUAUAUUCAUGGCCCUCGGCGCCAGUGCCGUAACAGCAACGGCUAUGACAUCAGGCCUCACAUCUGGACUGAUCGCGACCGUCGGCGCCGGGCAGCAUUUACGCAUGCCAUGAAGAUGGCCCGAGAGAUCUCGGCGCAGCUGGACACGCGCGACAACAAGAUCCCCGGACCUCCUCCGGCUCCCCCGGGCAUCCCCAAGCACAACUGGGAUGACUGUUACAACGACGCUCUGAACGCCAAUAUCACAGUCAAUGGUCCAAUCAAGGACAACCACAUCGUAGUCGAUGGACUACCGCCAACCUGCAUGGUGCUGAGCACCGUUCUGGACGGCAAGGUAGAUGGCGGUCCUAUCCCUAUUCCUUGCGACUCGGCUUGUAUUGAAUACACCGGCAUGACCGCCAAUGACUAUGAGAAUAUCCGUCUCGUCGUCAACACACAGAUAUUAAACAAAGGAAAGAAUGGAGGCUUAUAA